CACAAUUCAAUUUGUGUAGGUCAUUCUGCGUACAAUUUGGGAUGUCCAACGCACCUGGUAUUAAUAUCUCGCUUUAUGGGCAGGAUCAUUUAUUCACUUUCUGGAAUGAGCUCAAUGCUAAGGAGCAAUCUGAAAUCCUCAAUGAUAUUUCGAAGAUAAAUUUCUCAGCUCUCGAUCGCAUUUUUGAUGCUCCUCCAAACUGCUCUUCCGGGAUCGAUGACAGGCUCUUGCCACCCGAUCCAGAAAUAUGUAAAUCUCUGUCGGAGUUGCGCACUUCACAACCUCUCUUACUGGAACGCUAUCUCAGUAUUGCUUUGCGGGCAGUCAGUGAAAAUAAAGUGGCAGUUCUAUUGUUAGCGGGUGGUCAAGGGACACGACUUGGUGUUUCCUAUCCCAAAGGGUUGUACAAGCCGAAUUUACCAUCAGGUCGUUCAUUAUAUCAACUUCAAGCCGAGCGUCUUCAUCGUGUUUCUCAAAUGUGUAAAGAAAAGUUUGGUAAAACUCCUUCGAUAACUUGGUAUAUCAUGACUUCUGAGCACACAAAAGAAACAACUGUACAGUUCUUUAAAUCAUCUAAUUAUUUUGGACAUAAUUGUGAUAACAUUGUAUUUUUUGAACAAUUCACUCUUCCAGCCUUUUCUGUAGAUGGAAGAAUCCUGUUGCAAACUAAGUCUAAGCUAACAUCAGCUCCAGAUGGAAACGGUGGUUUGUACAGGGCUCUUAAAGAGCGCGGUAUUCUCGAUGAUAUGAAGUUAAGAGGAAUCGAAUAUGUCCAAAUUUAUUGUGUUGAUAAUAUUCUAGUAAAGGUACCGGAUCUUCACUUUAUUGGAUACUGCAUUGAAAAUAAUGCAGAUUGUGCUGCAGAAGUUGUUCAGAAGCUAGACCCAGAAGAACCACUUGGAGUUGUUGGAGUAGUAGAUGGUCAGUAUCAGGUCGUAGAAUAUAGUGAGAUAUCUCCCGUUACAGCAGCCUUACGUGUAAACCAAUAUGAAUCUCAUAAUAAUGCACACAAUUCAAAUAAUGGUGAAACAAGUCGUUUAGUUUAUAGCCAUGGAAAUAUUUGUGUACAUUUCACAACGAGAUCAUUUUUGGAACGUGUUUGUCAGGAUGAUAUACAAAUGAAAAUGCGUUAUCAUCGAGCUCAAAAGAAAGUUACUUGUAUAGAUUUGCAAACAGGAGAACUGGUUGUCCCUCAAAAACCGAAUGCAAUCAAAUUUGAAAAAUUCGCAUUCGAUGUUUUUCCAUUUGCUAAACGAUUUUUUAUAUGGGAAGUCCCUAGAAAUGAACAAUUUUCUCCGCUUAAGAAUGGACCAGGUGCAAUUAAGGAUUGUCCUAAAACAGCGCGACUUGAUUUACUUAAUUAUCAUACUGGCUUAGCGGAAAACGCUGGUGCAAUACUAGUAAAUGAUAGUUCUACGUCUAAUGGGAAUGGACACGUAGAUAGUAUUCAUGACAAGCCUUUAAUUGAAAUUUCACCUUUGAUUACUUACAAUGGUGAAAACUUAACAUGUCUAAAAGGUGUUGAAAUUCAUGGUCUCAAUCGUUUGGAACAAGACAUAGAAACUGGUAAACCAAUUUUAUUUUCUUGUGAAAUGAAUGGUGACAUCUAGUCAAGAUGUGUGUGAAUUUUUUCUUUUAACACUGAUAUACACAAUAAUCAUACAUACAAAUAGUCUUCCCUAGUUAAUAUAUUUAACCACAUUCAUGCUGUGAUUUUUCUAUAAAGUGUUUUGUUUCAUAUAUUUUAGACAUUCCAUAUUUCAAACUCUUUUUGUAAUUGUUCGCUUAUAUGUUAAUGUUUGAAACUAUCUGUUCUAACGUGAUUUUUUUUGUUAAACAAAAAAGAAGAAAAAAUUCAAUUCAUUAAAUGUUGUGUACAAUCAAUGCGAAAUUCAUUUUUUUCUAAUUCUAUAUAUUCAUUUUACUUUUUAAAUGUGCUCAGUGAAUAUUAUUGGUUUUGUUAACAAUAAUCUAUAAUACUAAAUUAUACUGUUGCUAUUCUCUCCUUUAUUUAUCAAUUUCUUUUGUAACUUUUAUUCUUAAAAACAAAAUAAACAAUUAAAAUUUUAUUUUUUAAUCUUCUGGUUGAUUUUUGCUUUUUUUUAAAAAAAGAGAAAAUUCAUUUGUCUUUGUUCAUGUUAUGACUUUUGUUCUUGUUGAGUAUCAUAUGAUUAAAUCACCAAUCAGUAUACUACCGACUUAUAUGACCUUGUUUGUUUUUUAAUGCUAAACAAUGAUACGUUAACUAGUACUAACAGUUAUACGUCAAUUCUGAAUCCUUAUUGGUCUACCUACUGAAAUAUACAUUUUUCUAUAAAUAACCAAUAAUAAUUCAUUUUCAAUACAUAAGUGUUAUUAAUAUUAACUUGAUUUUUCAUGAAUUAUAUUGUUGAAAUCUUUCAUGUACCUACUUUUAUCUGAAGGUCUGUUAUUUAUAACAGAUGAGAAUGGUUAUUACACUAGAACAACAGACGAUAUACC